AUUACUCUGUCGAACCCCUGUCAAGCAGCGAAUCGUCAAUCCAAUGUCAGUGAGUCACAAGGAUCUGCAGGUCCUCUCAAAAUGUUUUUAUUGCACCAUGACUUCCUCUACGAUGCACAAUCCCGUUUCACCGCUCUUUAUAUCAUUUGGGACAUGUAUAAAUCAGACCCACGCUACUUGAAUCCAUUUUUGGGAUUUCUCGUCUCUUACUUGCAAGAUGAUACUAUGUCCAAACUUCCUUGGUCUGCUGUCUUGGUGCUUCAUACCAUACUUUCCCAACCUGACCAGAUAAACGAAUUUUUGAAAUAUACACCAAUGGAAAUUUUGAACCUCCGAGUGAAUAAUACUAGCCGUAAGCCUGAUUGGAGUGCACUGCAAACCGAACUGCAAGCGUUAAUUGAGAAGUUACCCAAGGUGGCCAGCUGUGGAAUCCCUUGUGUUGUUCCCGAUAAAGACGUCCCAUCAUCUUUCUACUCGGAAGAAUCUACCCCAAUCCAAUUACGCCGCCAUUGCUUGGAUUCCUUACUAUCCCGCACCGAGCCUUUUUCAUGCCAGGAUGGACUCAGACCGGAAUUUAUUCGGGUGGCACCCCCACUUCUUCCUUGCCCCCAAGGGAACGGGAUACCUCGGAUUUUGACCAAAGACGAUGAAGCUGAGGACUCUUGUUCGUCAGCUGACAAUCGGACGGUUGAGAAACGACAAACUAAUGUUUUCUCGGGUUGGCAUGAAGAAUUAAUUUGGCUCAAUCCCCCCACAAUUGUCCAUGACUUUCAUUGGGAUGUUGACGAUGAACAAGCCGCCCCAAUCACCGAGCUACGAACUCUUCUCAACAAGGCUAUGAACUCUACACUACAACAGUCAGACCAGCAGACUAUUGUCCAGAUGAUUUCCGAAAACCCUAACCUUGUGCACAGUUUGGGUAUUAACGUAGAGAACCUCCCCAAUUUGGUCAAUCGUAAUCCAGUGAUCGCCAUUGAAAUUUUGGCUGUUUUGGUCGAUUCACCCAAGGCAGAAGAAUUUUAUGACGCUCUCGUGUCCAUGGAGGUCACUGUAGAUUCUUUGGAGGUGGUCAAUCGAUUGGCCACACGCGUGUCAUUACCGAAAGAAUUUAUCCAGAGCUACAUAUCUCGAUGCAUGACCUAUUGCCAGUCGCUGCAGGACAAAUCCACCCAACAACGAAAUGUGCGCAUUGUUUGUGUCCUCAUUCAGUCUUUCAUUCGUAAUAAAAUCCUAGAUAUACACAAUGAGAAUAUCCUGAUCGAAGUACAGCGGUUUUGUGUUGAAUUCAAUAAAGUCCCCGGGGCUAAUCCUUUGUAUCGAACAAUCAAAAAUAUGGAAUCUAGUACAAGCGGGACAUCCCAAUCAUCAACUUCUGGGAACCCGACGGAUUCCCCUGGAAAAUGACUGUUUAGUUUGUUCAAUUGUCUUUAUCUGACUACAUUUUGCAGACGUU